AUGAAGACUGCUGUCCUCUCCCUUUUCUUGCUGGCCUUUGUUGGUCUGGUUGCGGCUUGGUCGAAAGAAGAUUACGAGAUCUUUCGCCUCCGCGAUGAGCUGAUCACGGCCGAAGGAGCCAAUGUGACGUUCUACGAGUAUCUUGACAUCCGUCCCAAUGCCAAUCAGGAUCAGAUCAUCAAGGCCCAUCGCAAAAAGUCCCGGGACCUACACCCCGACAAGGUUCGCCGCUCUUUCAUUGCCAACUACUCCAAGGACAAGGCCAAGGCCAAGUCCGCCAAGGGAGUCAAUGUCAACAAGGGUCCCUCCAAGCGCGAGGUCGACGCCGCCAUCAAGGAGGCCAAUGCUCGCUCCGCCCGUCUGAACCUCGUCGCCAAUGUCCUCAAGGGUCCCGGCCGUGAGCGCUACGAUCACUUCUUGAAGAAUGGGUUCCCUCUUUGGAAGGGUACGGGUUACUACUACAGUCGCUUCCGCCCGGGCUUGGGUUCCGUCCUGCUGGGACUCUUCCUCUUCUUUGGCGGUGCCGCACACUAUGGAGCUUUGUACUUGAGCUGGAAGCGUGAGCGCGAGUUUGUCGAUCGAUACCUUCGCCAGGCCCGCCGAGCUGCCUGGGGGGACGAACUGGGGGUGCGUGGGAUCCCCGGCCUCGAUUCAGCUCCGACUCCCGCUCCCGUCCCCACUGCUGCUCCUGGCUCGGAGAUGCCCGAGGCGGGCGCCGUGGCGAUGAACCGUCGCCAGAAGCGCAUGAUGGAUAAGGAGAAUCGCAAGGAAAAGAAGGCUGGACGCCCGGUCAAUCGCGCUGUGGGUUCUGCUUCAGCCUCUGGAACUUCAACUCCGACCGAGCAGUCAUCGGUCGGCGAGCGCAAGCGCGUCGUUGCGGAGAACGGCAAGGUGCUGAUUGUGGACUCGAUUGGCAAUGUCUUCCUGGAGGAAGUGAAUGAGGACGGUGCCAAGGGGGAGUUCUUGCUGGACAUUGACAACAUCACUCGUCCUUCUCUGCGGGACACCGCGGUGUGCAGACUGCCUGUCUGGGUCUAUGGCAAGACGAUUGGUCGCUUGCUCGGCUCGUCCAAGGCACCCUUGACCGAUAGCGAGAUUUUCGAAGAUCUUUCCGCCGGUGAGGAGAUUGUCGAGGACGCUGCCGAUGCGGCCGAUAAAGUCCAGUCACAGGCCCCGCGUCGUCGUCGUGUCAAGGGCAACCGACGAUCAUAG